AUGGUUAACGGAAAUCAUUCUGUGCCGCUUUCACCGCCUAGCUCGCCGCGAAUGUCUGCGUUCACCAACCCCCACGCAGAAUCCGAGUGGCAUAGCCAAAGAGCCAGGCUGGAAGGAGGAUUUUGUGGUCAACCCGACAGCAACAUGACGCUUAUGCAUUCCGAUGUCUCUGGGUUGCCGCUUGACGCCCAGAAGCGACCUCUGCUGCGGACCCACAGAAGCGUUCCCUACCCGCUGAGGCAGGAAUUUACUCAGCAAGCCAACGCUCCUUCAAGCCAUCCGAUCAUGUCACCAGCCCCUAACCGGGAACGGAUCACCAUCAGCAACAUUGAAGGCAUUGAGCCUAGCAAUGUUACUUUCGGUGGUUCGGCGCCGGCGAGCCCGGUCUCCCGGCUUACGCCUUCCCCAAGUGGCGAGAGGGCUGAUGGUGAUGAGCAUCACGAUGAUGGGGAGAUCGUUGGAAGCAACGACGAAGGUGACGAGCAGAGACCCAUGACCGCAGCUGAACUCCGGGCACAAAAGCGGAAGAUGAAGCGCUUCAGGCUCACCCACAACCAAACUCGUUUCUUGAUGAGCGAGUUUGCGCGCCAGGCGCAUCCUGACGCGGCUCACAGGGAACGUCUUGCCAGAGAAAUUCCUGGCCUGACUCCGCGCCAGGUGCAGGUCUGGUUCCAGAACAGGAGAGCUAAGCUGAAGCGUCUCACAAGCGACGACCGCGAGCGCGUGAUGAAGUCGAGGGCCCUUCCGGACGAUUUCGACAUGACCCAAGCACUCCAUUCUCCGUUUGGUUCGAGCCAUGGCGUCGGAACGCCUCUGGCAUCGCCGGCAUCUUUCCAACCCAGUUUCCCUGAGGGAAACAUGAUUCGGCCACUCAGCUUGGACACCCUUCGUCGCCUACCAGAGGCGCCGCAGAUAUCCCCCAGCGGCAUCACCUCGAGCUUUGGGGGAUUUUCUUUCACUCCACCUCAGUCAGCGACUGAUACUUCGUCACCGGUGUCGGCCUCCGGUGAACCGAGCCCCUACAGCUAUUCUUCGCAACCUUUGAACCAAAGCCCCCAGCGGGCGAACCCUUUCGCAACUUCUGUGCCGACGACUUCCGGUUUCACUUCAAACCCCCAAAUCCCACGACUCCAGCUCCACGACAUGAUUGGUGGCCGCACGCGCGCGGAAACCAUCUGUUCUCCGCUCAGGACCAGCAUGUCAUAUAGCAACGAUGGGACGUUGAGCCAAUCUUCCCCUUACUCGACUCAAAGCAUGGAGGGCUCUGCCAUCAGCGACCAGCACCUGCCCCGCAGUGGCAUGCCCUACAGCCUGGGUUAUUCUUACCCCCAGAUGCCCGGCUUCCAAUCCGGCGCGGCAACGAGGAUGCGCUCCUUUUCUAGCACUGUUCCCCGGAGGAUCGAACUGAGCCAACACAGCGCUCACUACAACGCGCCGCCUCGAAGCAACACCAACCCGCACUCUGCCACUUUCCCUACCUACCAGACGUCGCCGCUUAGCGCGCCUGGACCCUACAACACGUCGAUGAUGAGCGCUCCACACCAAGUUUCCUCUUUCAACAGCAACUAUUUACGCCACGACUCGGGACAGGCCGAGCAAUAUCCUCCCAUGGGCUCUGUCAUCGGAGAGGUUCACAGCCCAACCCGGCAGAACGACAGCAGCAGCGGGAACGACGUCCAAAUGCAGCAAUACUAG